AGCUUACGUUUUUGAGCAAUGUUCCGUAUACCUCUGGGCCUUUCGGCAAUGAGGUAUCGACACUCCUAAGCACAUUCUCAUCUGUCAUGUACCCUUCUCUCCGUCCUAACGGCUGUGUCAGUCGGCUAUCAGGUACCGCAUAUCCUUCGGAAUUCAGUGGUUCUCGUCUAUAUGCUCAAACACUUCACCGUGGGCAUCGAACUCCUCGAGACAAAACAUGCAGGUAUAGUCAUCAGGGUCCGAGUUGAGCCGUCUGACAUACCGUCUUCGUUCCUCUUCGAGCUCCCGUGCUUCCUUCAGCUUUUGCCGAUGUCGCUCUUCCUUCUUUCUUGCUUGUUACUCCUCCUCCUUUUUCCAGGCCUUUGCAAGCUCUUCGAGCUCUUGCAACUCCUGGAGCACCCGUUUUUGCUCCUUUUCUUCUGUCCGGCUAUUUUUCUUCAAUAGGAGCCGUUCGUGCUCUUCCUCUUCCUCUUUCUCUUCCUCUUGCGCCGCCGCCGCCCGCUCCCGCUCCCGUUCCCGUUCCUGCUCUUGUAUGAAGUUCACGAUCGUUUCCAGAUCCCGUUC